AUUAACAGAUUUUCGUAACUAACGUUGCACUCCCUCCAGCACUCACGCCAUCAAUGUCAGCCCAAAAUGACCUCUGUUUGCGCCUCUUCUACCAUUGCCGCCGUCGCCCUCUCCUACCAAAAGACUGACUCAUUUUUGAGGACAACUAAGACUCCUUUCCUCAGUGGGAAGAAACUCAGAGUAAGAAAGUACACAGCGCCACACCCCUCCUCGGCUCCUCCAUGGCUCGACAGCAGCCUCCCCAGAGACUUUGGUUUUGAUCCUCUAGGCCUGGGAUCCGAUCCCCAGACUGUGAGAUGGAACGUGCAAGCAGAGCUAGUGCACUGCAGAUGGGCAACGCUGAGUGCGACCGGGGUUUUCAUCCCGGAAUUCCUGACGAAAAUCUGAAUUCUCAACACCCCUGCCUGGUACACCACCGGGGAGCAGGAAUACUUUCGCUGACACCACCACUCUGUUUAUAGUCGAGCUCAUCUUCAUUGGUUGGGCUGAGGGGAGACGGUAGGCUGAUAUCAUCAAGUCGGGAUGCGUAAACACAGACUCAAUCUUCCCCGACAACAACCUCCCAGGGACUGAUGUUGGGUACCCCGGUAGGCUGUGGUUCGACCCUCUGGGGUGGGGAAGCGGGUCCCCGGAGAAGGUGAAGGAGUUGAGGACAAAGGAGAUUAAGAACGGGAGGUUGGCUAUGUUAGCGUGAUGGGUGCGUGGUUCCAACACAUCUAUACCGGUACCGGACCCAUUGACAACCUCUUCGCCCACCUCGUCCUCCCCGGCCAUGCCACCAUUUUUGCUGUUGAGUUUAACAACCCACCAUGUUCGGAUUCUUCAUGUUUAGCACUGCAAAAUCUUGCAUUUAACAGUUGUGAUGAUUUCGUACAGGCAUUCUCCCCUAAGUGAGGCAGAAGCAAUGGGGAUUGAGGUCAGAUGUUGGAGGGAAUAUUGAAGAAGUCGUUGGUCCGAGGAAGGAAUUCCAAAGAUGUGCGUAAUGUUACAACCUCAUGCGUAUGUGUACAAAUAUCUUUGUAUGAUUUAGAUGCCAUGGGUAUAAAUUCAGGUCCUAACAAAAUGUUUUUAUUUAUGCACCAGCACCGUAUUGUCUGAGAUGGAAAUCAUAAAAGGUGUGAUUAUUAAAGUGCGAAAAUCUUG